AUGUUUCAUAGACUUCUUCUCUUUCAAGCAAUUCUUGUUCUGUUCCUUACUCUGUUUUACAAUGCCCAUGGCUACUUCGUCCCAAAAGGAUCUGCAGGAAUCGGCUUCAAUGAUUACAUCACUUUAACCAACACAACAAAACACACAUACGGUCAAGCAUUCGACAACAAACCAGUUGAUAUCACCAACUCCUCCACAAAUAUCACGACAUCUUUCUCAAUGAACUUCUUCUUCGCAAUCGUCCCUGAACRUGACAAUCAAGGCUCACACGGUAUGGCUUUCGUUAUCUCCCCCACAAGAAACCUCCCCGGAGCUUCCUCCGUUGAGUACCUCGGAAUCUUCAACGAGACAACCAACGGUAAAUCCUCGAAUAACGUGAUAGCUAUCGAGUUAGAUAUACAUAAAGACCAAGAGUUUGGCGAUAUUGAUGAUAAUCAUGUUGGGAUUAACAUCAAUGGAUUGAGGUCUGUUGUCUCUGCUUCUGCGGGUUACUAUGAUGAUAAAGAUGGAAGCUUUAAGAAUCUUUCUUUGAUCAGUAGAAAGGUAAUGCGGCUUUCGAUCGUUUAUAGCCAACCAGAUAAACAGCUUAAUGUUACUCUAUUCCCUGCUGAGAUCUCUGUUCCGCCUCGAAAACCGCUUUUGUCUUUGAAUCAAGAUCUCUCACCUUAUUUGCUUGAGAAAAGGUAUCUUGGAUUCACUGCUUCGACUGGAUCGGUUGGAGCCAUACAUUACAUGAUGGGUUAUUUUGUUAAUGGAGAAAUCGAGUAUCCGAGCUUGGAGUUUGGUAGACUUCCAAUCCUUCCUCCAUAUCCGAAGAAAGCAUCUAACAGAACAAAGACGGUUUUAGCGGUCUGCUUAACGAUAUCCGUGAUCGCUGCGUUUGUCGCCUCGUGGAUUGGUUUCGUCUUUUAUUUGAGGCAUAAAAAGGUUAAGGAGGUUCUUGAGGAAUGGGAGAUUCAAUAUGGACCUCAUAGGUUUGCUUAUAGGGAGCUUUUCAAUGCUACAAAAGGUUUCAAGGAGAAACAGCUUCUUGGAAGAGGAGGAUUUGGUCAAGUCUACAAAGGAACACUUCCAGGUUCCGAUGCAGAGAUCGCUGUGAAACGGACUUCUCAUGAUUCACGACAAGGAAUGAGCGAGUUUCUAGCCGAGAUAUCGACCAUUGGUCGUCUUAGACAUCCAAAUCUGGUUAGGCUUUUGGGAUAUUGUAAGCAUAAAGAAAGUCUCUACUUGGUUUAUGACUUUAUGCCUAAUGGAAGCCUUGACAAGUAUCUAUACCGUAACAAUGAGAAUCAAGAACGGCUCACUUGGGAGCAACGUUUCAAGAUCAUUAAAGAUGUUGCAUCUGCUCUGUUAUAUCUGCAUCAAGAAUGGGUACAAGUCAUCAUUCAUCGAGAUAUCAAACCGGCUAAUGUUCUAAUCGACAACGAAAUGAAUGCGAGGCUCGGGGAUUUCGGAUUGGCGAAGCUGUAUGAUCAAGGAUUUGAUCCUCAGACAUCUAAAGUAGCGGGAACGUUGGGGUAUAUCGCACCCGAGCUUGUAAGAACAGGAAGAGCAACUACAAGCACUGAUGUUUACGCCUUUGGGUUGGUUAUGCUUGAAGUAGUUUGCGGUAGAAGAUUGCUCGAGCGACGUGCAACGGAAAAAGAAGAAGUUCUUGUGGAUUGGAUACUAGAGCUUUGGGAAAAAGGAGAAGACAUUCUUGAUGCCGUUGAAGAAAGUAUCCGUCAAGAACAAAACAGAGGACAACUUGAGCUUGUUUUGAAGCUAGGUGUGUUGUGUUCGCAUCAAGCUGCAUCGAUUAGACCAGCAAUGAGCGCGGUUAUGCGGAUCUUGGAAGGCGUUUCGCAGCUUCCAGAUAAUCUUCUUGAUGUCGUGAGAGCUGAGAAAUUGAGAGAAUGGCCUGAGACAUCAAUGGAAUUGCUGUUUCAUGUGAAUUCAUUGGAUACAUCAACGUUAACAGAUUCUUCAGCUUCACAUGGACGUUGA